CCCGGCAUGCCUCGAGGCGCGAAAGGCAACCUGGGAGCCGUAGUUCUCCAGGACGCCUAGUGGUGUUGCCAGCGCAGCGGUGGCGGAUCUCUUGCUUCCAGCCAGUAGGUCCUCUGAGGGCGAGCUGAGGCGGAGAAAGGGCGUGGAACUGGAACCGGGUGAGUCGGACGCUGUCUACGCGAUCGAGGGAGGCGGCACCGCGGCAGAGGGCUGACUUAAAUAAAUGGACCAGUGCUGCAGUCUCUCCGGAGACACCGCGGUCUGAGCGUCAGCGAGAAGAGGGUGAGGAGGCGCCAAAGCCUGGUCCUUGCACCCGUUCUCGUCCUUCGCUCCCCGCAGCCCUUUCCACCAUGCAGUCCCGAGAAGAAGCUUCGCGCUCUCGCCGCCUCAUCAGUCCUCGCGGCGGGAAGCGCCCCAAAAGGGUUCACAAACCCACGGUUUCAGCUUUUUUCACGGGCCCGGAGGAGCUGAAGGACACGGGCCAUUCUGCAGCCCUGCUGGCCCAGCUCAAGUCCUUCUACGACGCGCGGCUGCUCUGCGAUGUGACCAUCGAGGUGGUCACCCCCGGCAGCGGGCCCGGCACGGGUCGCCUCUUCCCUUGCAACCGUAACGUGCUGGCGGCCGCGUGUCCCUACUUCAAGAGCAUGUUCACCGGCGGCAUGUACGAGAGCCAUCAGACGAACGUGACCAUGCACGACGUGGACGCCGAGUCCUUCGAGGUGCUGGUCGAUUACUGCUACACCGGUCGCGUGUCCCUGAGUGAAUCGAACGUGGAGCGCCUUUAUGCAGCCUCUGACAUGCUGCAGCUGGAGUACGUGCGGGAAGCCUGUGCCUCCUUCCUAGCCCGCCGCCUUGAUCUGGCCAACUGCACGGCUAUCUUCAAGUUUGCUGAUGCCUUCGGCCAUCGCAAGCUGCGGUCACAGGCUCAGUCAUUUAUAGCCCACAACUUCAAGCAGCUCAGCCAGAUGAGUCCAAUUCGUGAAGAGUCCCUGGCCGAUCUGACCCUGGCCCAGCUGCUGACCGUCCUGCGCCUGGACAGUCUCAACAUCGAGCACGAGCAGACUGUGUGUCACGUGGCGGUGCAGUGGUUGGAGGCAGCUCCCAAGGAGCGGGGUCCCAGCGCUGCAGAAGUGUUCAAGUGUGUGCGCUGGACCCACUUCUCUGACGAAGAUCGGGGCUACCUGGAAGAGCUGCUGACCAACACCGUGGUGAAGAAGUACUGUCUGGACCUUGUUGAAGGGGCCCGGCAGAUGCGAUAUGGUGACACGUUGUGCAAGGCUCUGGUGCCCAAGCCGGAGAGCAGCGGCGGCAGCAGUGGCGGCGGCGUUGUUAGCUGCGUUGGUGGCGGCGGCGGUGGCGGUGGCGGCAGCAGCAGCAGCGUCGUUAGCCUUGUUCUUAGCGGCGGCGGAAGCAGCAGCCCCGUUGUGCCGGUGGCUGAUCAUCUGCCCCAGAGGCUGGGUGUGUGUGCCAAGAAGAUGGUGAUCUUCUUUGGCCAUCCCCGAGAUCCCUUCCUGUGUUGUGACCCAUACUCGGGGGACAUUUACAAAGUGCCAUCACCUCUGACCUGCCUUGCUCACACUAGGACUGUGACCACCUUAGCUGUCUGUGUCUCUCCAGACCAUGACAUCUAUCUGGCCGCCCAGCCCAGGAAGGACCUCUGGGUGUAUAAACCAGCCCAGAAUAGUUGGCAGCAACUUGCUGACCGCCUGCUCUGCCGGGAGGGCAUGGAUGUGGCAUACCUCAAUGGCUACAUCUAUAUCCUGGGUGGGCGGGACCCCAUUACCGGUAUUAAACUGAAGGAGGUGGAGUGCUACAGUGUCCAGAGAAACCAGUGGGCGCUGGUGGCCCCGCUGCCCCAUUCCUUUAUUUCCUUUGACCUGAUGGUCAUUCAGAACUAUCUGUAUGCUCUCAACAGUAAGCGUAUGUUCUGCUUUGAUCCCAGCCACAAUAUGUGGCUGAAGUGCGUUUCUCUGAAGCGCAAUGAUUUUCAGGAAGCCUGUGUCUUCAAUGAUGAGAUCUACUGCAUCUGCGACAUCCCUGUCAUGAAGGUGUACAAUCCAGUCAGAGGAGAGUGGAGGCAGAUUAAUAACAUUCCUUUGGUGUCGGAGACUAACAACUACCGGAUUAUCAAUCAUGGCCAGAAACUGUUGCUGAUCACCUCACGCACCCCGCAGUGGAAGAAGAACCGGGUGACCGUGUAUGAAUACGAUAUUAGGGGUGACCAGUGGAUUAAUAUAGGUACCACAUUAGGCCUGUUCCAGUUCGAUUCUAACUUUUUUUGCCUCUCAGCUCGCGUUUAUCCUUCCUGUCUUGAACCCGGUCAGAGUUUUCUCACUGAGGAGGAAGAAGUACCUAGUGAAUCCAGCACUGAGUGGGAUUUAGGUGGGUUCAGUGAGCUGGAUUCUGAAUCAGGGAGCUCAAGCUCUUUAUCUGAUGAUGAUUUGUGGGUUCAGGUAGCCCCUCAGUGAAAUGCAUAGGAUCAGCAGAGUGUGUUACAGGUAAAUUGAAACACAAAGGUGUUUUUACUGCUUUGGAAAGUAUCUUAAAGAGAUACCCUUUCUCUUUGCUGGGAAAAAAAAAAAAGUUGAUUAAUUUCAGGUUUGGCUUAGAAAGGGUAUUGUUUGAAGUACUAAUAUAAUUUCACAUUACAGAAUUUAAACAUCCUUAAAAGAAAUCAUCCUAUUUAAUAAUUUACUGUUCUAAAAGUCCAGUGUGGAUUUGUUUGGUAUGUUUAUGUUUGACAAUAUAAGUUAAUUGUAAUCAGUAGUCUUCUAUGAUUAAUUCUUCUAUGAUUAAAUCACAUUGUCUCGUGCCACAAGUGUUUCAACUUGAAUUUUAAUUUCUAUACUAAAAAUCUGAUUGGAUAGGGAUUAUGAGGGUGGGAAAGCAUAUAUUUUUCCUUCAGAGCAGUGUAGUAGAUUUCCAAAACUUUAAACUAGUGGGUUUUUAUAAAAUGUGUUCUAACAAAUGUAGUCUGCUAAGUUUUAUUUCGGUGUUCUCUUUUUUGGGAAAAAAAAUUAUAUAUAUGUUUAAUGUGAGUAAAUGGUGGUUUCACUUGUGACAAUGUAUAGAAUGGUCAUAAACUCACCAAAAGUAAAAACAAAAAAAACAUGAUUCUGUUUGAACAGAAAUUUCAGUUUAAAUCUGUAAUAUAACAUGUAUUUGCAAAUAGUGAGCAAUUUUCCAUCUAAAAAAAAUUCCAUUCUAAUAGUGUCACCAAUUAUCUAAAAAUCUUUAAAAAAAAAAAAAGCUAACUUGCUUUGUAGGUUCAUAUUUUAAAUCUAUACUUGACAAAUAUUUCAUUGAAUCAGAGGAAUAAUCCUUUUUUUCACUGGACAUGAUUGUGGAAAUUUUUAUCCAUUGUCUUAAAAAGUUUAUGUGAUUCUUAAAAUAUUUUGGCUGUAUAGUUUCGGUGCUUAUCUUAGAUUUGUCAACAAGGUGUGAUUAUUCUUUACUGUUUUGUGAGUAAUAUUGGUUUUGAAAGUAUGUACCAGUUAAGAACAGUAUUUUAUUGAAAUCAGUAGUUAUUGUGUCUAUCAACUCUCAAAAUCAAGUGCCAGCAAAGAACUUUCAAACUUUAAGUCGUGUAUAGAAUUGUUUUGUGUAGCACUGAAAAAUUCUGUCAGUUUUGUAAGUCGCUAAAUGUUAUUAUCAGCUUAAAGGUAUUUUUCUAUUAAAAGUUUACAGUUAAAUAACAUAAGUGGAUGAUAGCAUUUGGGGCCAGUAGUGAAAGUAUAUUUCGUCUAAAAUAUUUCUCUAUGCAGUGGUGUACAAGGCUAUUUUAUUAUGGUAUUUGUACCUGUCCUGUGUUUCUCUAUGAACCCUGCUCCAGUCUUUGUUUCUGUCAACAUAUGUAAGGGAAAGAAAGUCCAGAAAUAGAGAAUAAAUGGCACAAAACUUACACUGUUAAAUACAAGAAAAUGUAAGUGCUUACCUCUUGAGGUUUUAUUGGAUAUAAUUGUCAUGAUACAUACACAUGAUAAGUGGCCAAAUGCUUAUGAUGUAUAACUUUUUCUACACACAGUCAGAAUUUCCUCUCUGAAUCUUCAUUCAGUGACAUGCUAAUUCCUCUUCUGUUUUUUUCUCCAGUGACAGAAUGCUAACAGUUCUUACAUCCUGGCAGAGAGUACAGAGGAAUGCCAUCUUUCUGGUAGGGAUUGAAAUUUUUUUAUUGAAAUGCCAUAGGAUGAAAACAGAGAAAGGCAUAAAAGGUAUUUUUGUUUUUUACAAGUUGUUCUUAGACAUUUUAAUGGGCUGUUUGAAGAUUCUACAUGACAUUCCUGUUCAACAUUUUUAGUGAAGUUCAACACUUGUCCAACCAGUAUGUGUUCCUUCAGAAGGACAAACGUGCUUUUGGUUGCCUUCAGAAGGGCAAACCUGCUUUGAGUUGCUUAAGGCUAAAUUUUGUUUCAUUUGACAUCAGGGUUUUUCUGGACACCAUCCUUAACACAAAGCUGUUUCUCCAUAGGAUUAUUUUUUGGCCAACUUUUUCUUCGCCAGUUACUUCUUAUUGAUAGCUUUUCCUUUUAUCAGGUCGAAAUAGAACAGUGAUGAUCUCAACCAGGUCUUAAUUCUGCAGAAUUAACAUAUGCAACUGAUUGAUAAAAAACAUAUUUUCCCCUUGUCAUUUUCAACCUUUGAUUUAAAGCCUAAGCUAAAUAGUGAUAUCUUGGUUUACGAAAAGGUUUUCCUGGGAAGAACUUUGGUUUUGUGCUAUAUUUGUGAACUAGAGAAUAGUUGUUAAUCAUUAUUUUAUGGAUAAGUGAUUUGUAUGUGAUUAGUUACAAAUAAAACAUACUAGAAUCCAGGC